GUUGUACAGGGCCGGCUGGACAUGGAGGGCGCCCUGACUGCCAGGGACCGAGUGGGAAUCCAGGAUUUUGUUCUUCUGGAUGAAACUACAGAGGUGGCCGUUGUCAGCAACCUAAAGAAACGUUUCAGCAAGGAUCUCAUCUACACUUACAUUGGCACACUGUUAGUCUCUGUGAAUCCGUAUAAGGAGCUGGACAUCUACAGUAAAAAGCAGAUGGAUAUCUACAUGGGUGUCAACUUUUUCGAGCUUCCUCCACACAUCUACGCCUUGGCAGAUAACGCCUACCACACCAUGCUGACAGAGUUCAACAAUCACUUUAUCCUCAUCUCUGGUGAGAGUGGAGCAGGAAAAACCGAGGCCUCCAAGAAGAUCCUGCAGUAUUAUGCUGUCAGCUGUCCGAGCACCACUUUAAUGAACACCGUCAGAGACAAGAUGCUGAUGUCCAACCCUGUCUUAGAGGCUUUCGGUAAUGCAAAAACUCUGAAGAAUGACAACUCGAGUCGGUUCGGGAAGUACAUGGAUAUUCAGUUUGACAGCCAGGGGGACGCUGUUGGAGGCCACAUCCUGAACUACCUGCUGGAGAAGUCGAGGGUUGUGCACCAGAAUCACGGCGAGAGAAACUUCCACGUCUUCUACCAGCUGGUGGAGGGAGGAUCAGACGACCUGCUGAAGCAGCUGGGCCUUGAGAGAGACGUCCAGCAUUACUACUACCUAACACAGGGGGAAUGUGCCAUUGUGUCAUCUAUCAACGACAAAAAUGACUGGAAAUCUGUCAAAAACGCCCUGCAAGUCAUUGAAUUCGAUGAAACCAACACUGAUCAUCUCUUUAGGGUCGUAGCAAGUGUUCUCCAUUUGGGAAACGUUCACUUUGAUGCGGACGGUAAAGGCCACGCCCUUCUGAAGAGUAACACAGAGCUAAACUGGGUUUGUGAUCUUCUGGGGUUGGAUGCCAACAAGCUGAAGGAGGGACUUACUUUCAAGAAAAUUGAAGCCAAAGCAGAGCAGGUCCUCAGUCCAUUCACAAUUGACCAUGCCAUUUAUGUCAGAGACGCCCUGGCCAAAGCCAUCUAUGGACGGACUUUUACCUGGUUGGUCAACAGGAUUAACGAGUCUUUGGAGAACCAGGACUCCUCAAGAAAGACUGUUAUCGGGCUUUUGGACAUCUAUGGAUUUGAGGUUUUCUACGUCAACAGUUUUGAGCAGUUCUGUAUAAACUACUGCAACGAGAAGCUGCAGCAGCUUUUUAUCCAGCUGACACUCAAAGCGGAGCAGGAAGAAUAUGAGGCAGAGGGAAUUGAGUGGGAGCCAGUUCAGUUCUUCAACAACAAGAUCAUCUGUGACCUGGUUGAGGAGAAACACAGAGGAAUCAUAUCAAUACUGGAUGAGGAGUGUCUCAGGCCAGGGGAAGCAACAGACCUCACCUUUCUGGAGAGAUUAGAAGAAAAGAUGGGAAAUCACCCCCACUUUGUAACACACAGACUGGCAGACAAAAUGACACGGAAGACUCUGGAAAGGGGAGAUUUCCGACUCUUGCACUACGCCGGGGAGGUCACCUACUGCGUUGUGGGUUUCCUUGACAAAAACAACGACUUGUUAUACAGAAACAUAAAAGAUCUGGUGUGUCGGUCAAAAAACACCAUUGUCCGGGAGUGCUUCUCCACGGUGGAUACAGCCAACAAGAGAAGACCUGAAACAGUAGCGACCCAGUUUAAGAGCAGCUUGCAGAAGCUCACAGAGAUGCUGAUGGCUAAAGAGGCCUGGUACAUACGCUGUCUAAAGUCCAAUGAGUCCAAGCAGUCAGGACAGUUUGAUGAAGCCCUGAUCAGACACCAGGUGAAGUACCUGGGCCUGAUGGAGCAUCUGAGAGUCAGAAGAGCUGGUUUUGCUUAUCGGCGGAAAUACGAAGACUUCCUAAAGAGAUACAAACCCCUGUGCCCGGCCACCUGGCCUCACUGGAGAGGAGUGCCUGCUGACGGAGUUGAGCUGCUGGCUCAACAUCUGGGCUACCUGCCUUACGAGUACAAAAUGGGAAGAACCAAAAUAUUCAUCCGUCAUCCCAGGACCCUUUACGCCACAGAGGAUGCUUACGAGAAAUGCAAACAUGACUUGGCAACCAAACUUCAGGCCAAGUACAAAGGAUACAAAGCCAAGGGAGAGUUCAAGAAGCAGAAGGAGGCUGCAACAAAGAUUGAGACGUGCUGGAGAGGAACCCAGGCUAGGAAGGAGAAAGAGAAAAGAGCCUGGGCUGUAAAAGUCAUCAAGAAGUUCAUCAAAGCCUACAUGAACAGAGGGGAAGCAAAAAGCACAGACAACUCGGAGUACCUGGCCUUCGUGAGACAAAGCUACUUGAACAGACUGAAAAAUAAUCUGCCAAAGACGGUUCUGGACAAGACCACCUGGCUGACUCCCCCUACUGUGGUCGCUGAGGCAUCGGAGAUCCUGCGCAAGCUUCACUAUCGCCUGAUGGUGCGGAGAUACGUGCGAGGAAUCCCACCACAGAGAAAGGCCCAACUUCAAAUGAAAGUUGUCACCAGCUCUAUCUUCAAAGGCAAAAAGGAGAAUUAUCCACAGAGCAUCUCUCAACCUUUCUUGGACACAAGAAUCAGCGAGCAGGAGAUAGACAUGCGGGUUCUCAGCACGAUUCGCAAUGAGCGCAUUAAGUACAGCGUCCCAGUCACCAAGUACGACAGGAACGGCUUCAAGCCGAGGCCGAGGCAGCUCGUCCUCACCCAGACCGCCGCCUACGUGGUGGAGGAAGCCAAGGUCAAACAGCGAGUGUCGUACACCGCUCUCAAAGGCAUUUCUGUCAGCAACCUGAGCGACGGCAUCGUUGUUUUCCACGUAACCCGUGAAGACCCCAAACAAAAGGGGGAUCUGGUCAUACAGUGUGACCACCUGUAUGAGUUUUUAACCAAACUCAGCAUCGUCGCUAACAAACAGAAUGUAAUCAACGUGGUUCAGGGCAGCUUAAAGUUUGAAAUCCAGUCAGGCAAAGAGAGCGCAGUGGACUUCACCACAGGGCAGGAGCCCAUGGUGUACAAAGCCAAGAAUGGACAUCUCAUGGUGGUUGCCACUCGAACAAGGACACGGUAACAAGUGGGGCUGGAGUCGACACACAAGAAGCCCCUGCAUAUUUAAUCAGGAGACCCCUGAGGAGAGGAUCAUGUCUACAGGAAACACACCUGACCUGAAACUGCUGAACCGCAGCCAAGAGCUCGUUCAUCGGACAGAAACCCACUUUUCAUCUGUUCUUUUUAAAAUCUGUGAUCAAAGGUUUAUUUACAACAUAUUCACCUGCAACAAAAGCUUGGAUGCUUUUCUGUAAAGUUCAAAUCGAAUAUGUUAAUUCAGAGAUUAACAUUGAACUGAAGGAUCACAAGUAAUUAUUUAUCCCCCUGCUGCAGUUUGUAAAUUUGGCCAUUCAACCUGAAAUUUUU